CUGACGCGCUGCCUCUGGGGAGGAAACGGAGCUGCAAAGUCAGUGCUGCUCUGCUGUACAGGGGUUUAGGGCAGACGCAGAGCCAAUCACCGGAACGCACUGGGCUCCCUUUAAGCCUGACAUAUCUCCUCGAGGAACAAAUUGUCCCGACAAUCAACAUCCCAAAUCUGCCGGAGAGUGAAGGGAGUGCGGCGAGGAGCGGAGAUCGAGGAGAGGAGAGGAGAGGAGAGUGGGCAGGCCAAACGCGGAAGGAUUUGCAUCGCGACGAGAAAAGAAGAAGACAUAAACGUCCAUUUGGGGGGAUUUCUUUUCCCAUCAUGUCGAUUUUACCGUCUUUCGGCUUCACCCAGGAGCAAGUGGCGUGCGUGUGUGAGGUGCUGCAGCAGGGAGGCAACCUGGAGAGGCUCGGUCGCUUCUUGUGGUCGCUCCCCGCCUGCGACCACCUACACAAGAACGAGAGCGUCCUGAAGGCGAAAGCGGUGGUGGCUUUCCACCGGGGCAAUUUCCGGGAGCUCUACAAGAUCCUGGAGAGCCACCAGUUCUCCGCGCACAACCACCCCAAACUGCAGCAGCUGUGGCUCAAGGCGCACUACGUGGAGGCGGAGAAGCUGCGCGGUCGGCCGCUCGGCGCCGUGGGGAAGUACCGCGUGAGGAGGAAAUUCCCACUGCCGCGCACGAUAUGGGACGGCGAGGAGACCAGCUACUGCUUUAAAGAGAAGUCCAGGGGGGUCCUGCGGGAGUGGUACACGCAUAAUCCGUACCCGUCCCCGCGGGAGAAGAGGGAGCUGGCCGAGGCCACGGGACUGACCACCACGCAGGUCAGCAACUGGUUCAAAAACAGACGGCAGCGGGACAGAGCCGCGGAGGCCAAGGAAAGGGAGAACAGCGAAAACAACAACGCAGGCGGCAACAAACAGAACCAGCUGUCCCCGCUGGACGGAGGAAAAUCGCUCAUGUCCAGCUCGGAGGACGAAUUUUCUCCCCCUCAGAGCCCCGACCAGAACUCUGCGCUUUUGCUCCAGGGCAACAUGGUCCACCCCGGGGCCUCCGCGUACUCCAUGCCCGGCCUGGGGGCCCCACAGCCGGUGCACGGCAUGCACGGACACCCGCACCAGCUGCAGGACUCCUUGUUGGGACCCCUAACCUCCAGCCUUGUGGAUUUGGGCUCUUAAAGACGCUAUUUUAUUUGACGAAGAAAAAAAAAACAAAUACAAAAGAGGACUGAUGAGUGUAUCAGAUUGAUGUAUGAAAUAACACGAUUGUAGCCUAUACCUUAUUAUAUAGACUGACCUGUCGUUAAAUGUGAUUCGAACUUAAAAUUCCUUUAUGCGCUUAAUCUGUAUAUCGCCCCGACGGGAGGUUUUUAUUAUCUCUUGCACAUGAAAGCCCAAACAAGACCUAAAACCCUGAACAAAACACUUAUGCGGACUACUCGUUUUCUUAAUUUAUAUUUUGUUAAAAUAAUUCUAGUCAGGUCCUGCCAUUAGUUCCAAAUAAAACUAAAAGUAAUGGAUU